AAUUUAGUGCGUCAGCAUUCUAGAUAGAAAUGAAUGAAAAUCAAUCAGGGCAACUGCAGUGGUAGCACAUGCAACUCUAACCUACUUUGUGCAUGGUUUUCAACAUUUCACUGUAGACUAGAUUCUAAAAUGUGAAGAAGAGUCUUGAGCUAUAAAAGAUGAAGAGUCUACUUUUCCUGGUGCUGAUUUCUUUCUGCUGGGCUGACCAUCAUGCUGCCAACUUCACUCUGGAGCAUGACAGAAUUAUCCACAUCCAUGAAAAUGGACCUCGCCUUCUUGUGAAAGCAGAACAGACAAAAGUCUUCUCACGUCGAGGCGGCAAUAUUACACUGCCAUGUAAAUUUUACCGUGAUCAUGCAUCAUCUGACUCAGGAUCCCAUAAAAUUCGGGUCAAGUGGACCAAACUCACCUCAGAUUACCUCAAGGAAGUGGAUGUCUAUGUUGAAAUGGGAUACCACAAAAAGAGCUAUGGAAAUUACCAAGGACGGAUCUUCCUGGAAAAAAGCUCUGAAAAUGAUGCUUCUCUUGUAAUCACAAAUAUAAUGCUGGAGGAUUAUGGGAAAUACAAAUGUGAAGUGAUAGAAGGUUUAGAAGAUGACACAGCUGUUGUAUCUCUAGAUUUAGAAGGCAUUGUCUUCCCUUACUUUCCCCGACUGGGUCGCUACAAUUUAAACUUCUUUGAGGCUCAGCAAGCCUGCCUGGACCAGGAUGCAGUAAUAGCUUCGUUUGACCAGCUGUACGAAGCGUGGAGGCUAGGUCUAGACUGGUGCAAUGCAGGCUGGCUCAGCGAUGGGUCAGUCCAAUAUCCCAUCACAAAUCCCAGGGAGCCCUGUGGUGGAAAGAACAUGGUGCCUGGAAUCCGAAAUUAUGGCUUCUCCAAUAAAGAUCAAAGCAGAUAUGAUGUCUUCUGUUUUACAUCCCAUUUUAAUGGCCGUUUUUACUACCUAAUACACCCAACCAAGCUGACCUAUGAUGAAGCAGUGCAAGCCUGUCUCAACGAUGGUGCACAGAUUGCUAAAGUAGGCCAAAUAUUUGCAGCCUGGAAACUCCUAGGAUACGACCGCUGUGAUGCCGGCUGGCUGGCUGAUGGCAGUGUCCGGUACCCUAUCUCGAAGCCAAGGAAACGCUGCAGUCCUACUGAAGCAGCAGUACGCUUUGUGGGCUUUCCAGACAAAAAGCACAAGCUCUAUGGUGUCUACUGCUUCAGGUCAUACCAGUGAAUGUACCUAGAGCACAACAAUGUCCGAUCCAUCAAGAACAUGUGAAGGAUUUUGUUUCAAUAUGAACUCAUGCAAGUUACCAAAACUGUGAUGAAUCUUUUGUACUUACUGUAAAGAAUCAUUUUCAUAGACCCAACCCAUUAAUUUGUUUUGGUUAUUUUUUUAAAAACCCAUCAUUCAAUAGAUAUUUUAAAUUAAUAUAAUUUAAAGGAAGCUCUAGGUAAGGAAGUGCUUGAAGUGCAACUGUUUAAACUAUAUCAUUCCGACAAAGCAUAUUUUUUUUCUGAAUGGGGCAUGCAAUAGCUUGAUAAUUGCUAGGACUAAAUUAAGGAAUGUAAGGCUACUCAAAGCAGAAACAUUUCCAAGGAUAAAGUUUACAUAUUUGCAUCACUUUAAAACAGACCAGGGAAUAAUGACUGAGAUCUGCUGGUCUGUACUACAUUGAUCUUUUCUUAACUGCCAUUCCAUGUUUUUUUCUGAGCAGUUAAAAACAAAGAUGUGAACACAACUUAAAAGAGUGUUUUAUGAAGUUGGCAACGUGAGAAUUGUUUCACUAUUUAAAAUCAUGCCUUUUAGCAAAAUCUGCUCAAUAAUCCCAUAAACAUUCCAACAAGCACAGUUAAAUCUUCUGAACAUCAUUCCUGGUUUUAUUAUGUAUGCAGUAGAAAUGUGUGUAUGAAUAAUUAAAGAGUGGACUCUACUUUCUUCUUAAUACAAACUAAAUAUGCCUGAGAUGUAUUACAUUACUCUGAGUAGCUUUAUGGAGGUGUUCUUUGUUUUAUUUUAAAUUCUAAAGGCCAUUUUGCUAAGCAGCAUUUAGCACCUACUCAGGGCAGUUAUAUAUAUUUGAACUGCUGGACAGAAACACACACAAAAAUGUAUUAAAUAUAGCAGCUUGAUUUCAUGAUAGCUUUUAAAAUAUUAUUGUCUUUAUAAAUGAAACAUUUAAAUAUUUAAUAUUUCUUUCUUAGUUACACAUGUGAGAGAUUGAUAUCUGUAUCUUGAAAUAUACGAUUAAAAAAUAAUACCCUCAGAUACCAAUUAGGGAAGGGGGAAAUAUCUCUGUAUUCAAUGUCU